CCAUUUUUAUUGGAUCGUCAUUUUUGCUUUAUUUGUGUGUCUCUGUGUUUGGAUUUCUGAAGCCAAAAAACAAAAAAAAAAAAAAAAAGGAGUUUUGAAGAGCGUAGAAAUGGAGAAAGCGCUUAACAGACAGCGGGUUCUUCUUGACCACCUUCGACCUUCUUCUUCUUCUUCCUUUUCCGAUGAUUCUUCUUCUCUCUCAGCGUCGGCAUGUUUGGCUGGGGACAGUGCUGCAUAUCAUAGGACGAAUGUUUUUGGGGACGAUGUGGUUAUAGUUGCAGCACAUCGGACUGCAAUUUGCAAAUCUAAACGCGGUGGGUUUAAGGAUACUUAUGCUGAUGAUAUUCUUGCACCUGUUUUGAAGGCGUUGAUAGAGAAGACCAAUUUGAACCCAAAUGAGGUUGGGGAUAUUGUUGUGGGUACAGUUUUGGCUCCGGGUUCUCAGAGAGCAAGUGAAUGCAGGAUGGCUGCAUUCUAUGCUGGCUUCCCUGAAACUGUGCCUGUCAGAACUGUGAACAGGCAAUGUUCAUCUGGGCUCCAGGCAGUUGCUGAUGUAGCUGCUGCUAUCAGAGCUGGAUUUUAUGAUAUUGGUAUUGGAGCUGGGUUAGAAUCCAUGACAUUAAAUCCGAUGGCCUGGGAAGGCUCAGUCAACCCAAAAGUAAAGAUCUUUGAACAAGCCCAGAAUUGCCUUCUUCCUAUGGGGAUUACCUCAGAAAAUGUUGCACAUCGUUUUGGUGUAUCACGACAGCAACAAGAUCAGGCUGCAGUUGAGUCACAUAGACGUGCUGCUGCUGCUACUGCUGCUGGUAAAUUUAAGGAUGAAAUCAUUCCUGUGGCCACCAAGAUUGUUGACCCAAAAACCGGCGAGGAGAAACCUGUUACAAUUUCUGUUGAUGAUGGGUUUAGGCCUAAUGCAUCAUUGUCUGAUCUGGCUAAGCUGAAGCCUGUGUUUAAGAAAGAUGGAAGCACCACUGCAGGUAAUUCUAGCCAAGUAAGUGAUGGUGCAGGAGCUGUUCUUCUCAUGAAGAGAAGUGUUGCGGAGAAAAAGGGAUUACCAAUUCUUGGUGUAUUCAGGACAUUUGCUGCUGUAGGUGUGGACCCUGCCAUCAUGGGUGUUGGCCCAGCUGUUGCAAUUCCGGCUGCAGUCAAGGCUGCUGGUCUAGAGUUGGAUGAUAUUGAUCUUUUUGAGAUAAAUGAGGCAUUUGCUUCCCAAUUUGUAUACUGUCGUAAUAAGCUGGAACUUGAUCCAGAAAAGAUCAACGUCAAUGGAGGUGCAUUAGCCAUUGGCCAUCCUUUGGGGGCAACAGGUGCCCGCUGUGUUGCUACUUUAUUGCAUGAGAUGAAGCGCCGUGGCAAAGAUUGUCGCUUUGGAGUGAUAUCAAUGUGCAUAGGCACUGGGAUGGGGGCAGCUGCUGUUUUUGAAAGGGGGGGUCACACCGAUGAACUCUGCAAUGCUAGGAAGAUUGAAACAAACAAUCUUUUAUCAAAGGAUGCUCGGUAAAAAUAUUCCCUUGCAAGUCGUAUCAAUAAUGUUGAUGGUUGAAAGGAGAAAUCAUAGUAAUGUAAUAAGAUGAUAUUAUAAUUUCUAUUGAAAAAUUGGUGUCGUAUUUCAAAGCAUAGACUCUGUUUGUCAGACAGAAAACACAAUUGUUGUAAUCAAGAACUGCAUUUUUCAGACUUGAAUUUUCCAUUUUAUCAAUAUAAUUAUUGAAGUGUCAUAUUUCUGUUU